UGCAGACGAAUUUUUCGGUGUUCAUGUUGUCGUUUUCAGUGUUUGUCUGUCAAUUAGUUGUCAAAAAGGGCGGUGUUCAUUUCGCAUACUGUUAAAAUGGCAAACUUUGAAGUAAUCACCCAGUCCACAGUCAAUGUGGCAAUUACAAGCAGUAUCUCUAGUUUUGCUGUUGAGAAGAGAUAUCCAAAAAAUCUUACAAUUGGAGAACUGAAAGGGAAAUUGGAACUUGUCACUGGAGCUAAUGCUGGCUCUAUGAUGUUAGAAGUCUAUAACAAAGAAAAGGAGUUUGUUUGUGCAUUAACUAAUGAUAAUUCUUUGCUUGGAUCAUUUCCCAUAGAUGAUGGAAUGAGAAUUCAUGUGAAUGACAGCCAACUUAAAAAAGGAGAAUUUGAAGAUGUUUCUAAAGUAGCAAAGUUUGAAUUGAGUCAGGAAGACUACUCCAAACGAUCAGAUUCAGUUAAGGCAUUUCUUGAACGCAAUCGGCUUGGAAAAUACAAUGAAGAUGAGGUCAAAAAGAAGGCAGAAGAACAACAGACUAAGGAGGCUGAAGAGGAAAAAGUAGCAAAAGCUCUUAAAGUCGAUGAAAGAUGCGAAGUCACCGUGGCAGGGCAAGCACGUCGUCGCGGAGUGAUCAAGUUUAUUGGAAACACUAGUUUUAAGCCUGGAUGGUGGAUAGGUAUUCAUUAUGAUGAACCUGUUGGAAAAAAUGAUGGCAGUGUGGAAGGUACGCGUUACUUCACAUGCCCAGCCAAGUACGGAGCGUUUGUUAAACCUGCUCAUGUCUGUAUGGGUGAUUUUCCAGAGCUCUUUGACGAGGAAAUGGAUGAGAUGUGAUGACAGUUUUAAUACAUAAUUUAUUCCACCGUU